GCGGCUUCACAAGCCGUCCAAUGUUUUAAAUUGAAAUUCGCUCGUACUUUUUUUUUCCCAUCUGUUUAUCACUGUUUUUUAUUUAUUUAUUUUUAUUUUUUUUAUUUUUCUGGGGGAAACUUUACGCUUGGUGUGCUAAGUGCGUCAUUGCUGUUCCUCGUCGCCGGCGCCGUUUAGAUGCUGAUGUGCAAUGUGCUAGUGUAUGUAGUUGUAUAGUCGGUGACACGGAGAGAGACGGAAGAGAGGAUACGUUGGGAUCGGCAAAAGGUGUUAUCCGGAUGGCGGGGUGGUCGGUCGCAAGAUGACGACGGAACUGCAGCCGUCGCCGCCGGGUUAUCGCCAGGAUGCCGGUCAAGAGUGCCCGGGCGCCAAAAUUUAUCAUCGUGGCUACAGCACCGGCAGCGGCAACAGCAACCAUCAUCACCACCAUCAGAAUCAGGCCGCCAACUAUAUUCAGCAGCCGCCCAGGCGCAAGGGUUCGCCUGAAAUCAGCAACAAUGAGCUCAACGGCAAGAUGAAUAAUGCCGCCAAUAGGUACGACGAGCACGGCUACGGGAAGAAAAAUGCUCCUGGUUAUAAAAACGACAGCGGGUACAGCGAGAGCUUGGGUUUCGAGAGUUUCAGUCUGCCACUGAGCGAGCGCGAUGCCGCCUCGCCACCGCCCACGCCACCGGUGCGCGACGCAUCGAGUCUCAAGGCCGUCUGCUAUGGACCGGGUCACGAGAAGUAUCCGUCCUGGCCAAGCGCGCCCGAGUAUCGUUAUCCGAGCUCGAGCAGCAACGGCGACGACGACGACAAGCCGCACCCCGGCGGCGGCUCGCACCGAUCCAAGUCCUGGACGGACCACACGAAUUACCCGAAGGAGAAACCUGCGCAGUACACCAGGCCGCAUACCAAGAGGCCCAAUUCCACCUUUACUCAGCAAUUGAAGACCGUGAUGGAGAGGUGCGAGAAGAUCCCGGCCGAGACGUUCGAGCCGCGCAACAAUGGCAGCGGCGACUCGCCAGCCGAUCAACAGCAGCAGCAGCAGCAGCAGCAGCAGCAACAGCAGCAGCAACAGCAGCAGCAACAACAGCAACAGCAGCAACAGCAACAGCAACAGCAACAGCAACCGCAGCGAAUGUGGCCGUCGGUCGAUCGCGAAGGCAAGAGCCUCGGCGAUUCGGAAUACAUGGUGCCGUCGCCGCCGGAGCGCGAGUCGAAGGCCCUGAGCCCAGCCGAUCUCGAGGCCUACGUGCGCAGCUACCAAGAUCCGCAGGUGUACGCCGAGACGGAAUUGACGCAAACUGGAUUGGACGAAUACACCACGGUGCAGCACUCCCAGCAAGCCAGUUACGCACAGAGCGAGGGUUAUCAUAGCUACGUGUCGAGCGUCGAUUCUACGACGACCACGCCUUUCUUGGACAGACUGCGAAGGGACAGCGAAGCGGUAGCCACGCGUCCAUUGGCGUCCUGGGAAGACGGUUCAUCGCGCGAAGGUCGCGACAGCGUGGUGACGACGUCCAGCGGCAGCGCCUCGUCGUCCGAGACCUUGAAAUGGCACGGCUCCAUGUCGGACGUGAGCGUGUCGAGCGGGAUCCCGCGUUCGAAUCAAGAUCGCUGGCAUCACGGCAGCAUGUCAGAUCUGAGCAGCAUCAACGGCGCGCCGUCACCGUCCAAGCACGAGCACGACGAUCAUCAUCGCCCGUCGGCGAUGUCCAAGAGCUUCCACGCGUUGGCCAACGACGAGUGGGACGGUAGCAAGCAAUUGAUCGCCCAUAGCGCCAGAGUGCAAACGCCGCAGAGACACCACUCGGAAAGUGUGCUGUAUCUGGAGAGAAGUCAGAGAAAACUCUAUCCUGUUAGCACGACCAAAUUGGAUGAAACGCCGGCUCCGUCGAGGCUUCCGUCGAGUCCGCAACAAGCUCAGCCGUCAGUGGCCGAGCGUAUCAGCGAGUUAGAAAAGCAGCAGCAACAUCAACAGUUGAUGCGUUACACGUACUUGGAUCCCGAAAAGCGUCACCGGGUGUCCGACCCGACGCUCAAAGCCAUUCAAAAGAAAGCCCUGCUGUCAUUCUACGAGCGUCAUCAUCAUCAAGCAUCCUGGAGAUCGGAGCCGCACCUCGUUCAAAACCAACAGCAACAGCCACAGCAGCAGCCACGGCAGCAGCAGCAGCAGCAGCAGCAGCAGCAGCAAAGACACAGUCCGCCACCGCAACCGCCACCACGACCAAGACCAGUGUCUUUCAGGCGAGCCUCCAGCGCUUCGGAUUACGCGAGUGGCGUUUGGCGAGAAAAGAAUGCCGUCAAUAAAGCUUGCCAGCAGCAACCGACGAGUGCUAACAUUGCAACGAACGGUGCUUCCGAGGUGUCCGCACCUAGGCAUCAGCAUAGCAAUAGCUGUGGCAGCUUGUCUACGGACUUGCUUGGACCGGUGAUCGUGGGCCCGGCUAUCUCGAUCGAUGAUUGGGUGCCCGAAAGGCCGCCGAAGAAGCCACAUCUGAGGACUGCGUACAGCGACAGGUUGCCCAGUCCUGACCUCCCGCCGCCUUCGCCGCCGACGGUCACGGAUAUCGAGGUGCAGAACUUUGACGACCCACUGCCACCUCCGCCACCGGAACUGUCCGCGGAAUCGAGACUUCCGUCACCUGAGCAACGACACGACAACUCGUAUUUCGAGGAAAUCGCUCACGAUAGAAUCAAGGAUCGAAAUUUUCCAUCGAGGAGAUCGAGCCGUAAGAAACUACAACUGGAAUCUUCACCAAGAACCUCCCCGACGAAACCCAACUCCAUGUCUCCUAAUCAAGAACAGCAGCACAGUUUUCACUUCGAAUACAAAACGCCACUUCCUGCGAGCAUUUCCGAAUCAAAAGCUGUCAAUGAAAAUGGCUUUGCUUCGAGUAGUCGAAUUUUGAGUGGCGCAAGGUCGAGUUUGCGAUAUUCACCUGCGCAGAAGCACCUAAUGAACGAGAAGAUCGCCGCUGUUAGGCGGUCCGCUGAAGCUGGUUACGGUUUGGCGAAUCAGUUGCCGGAUUUGAUCGCUCAGAAGUAUAGUGACUCUGGAAAUCAGAGACCGGCGCCUCAAGUUCCCGUCGCCAAUAACAUUUCGUGUCGCGAGUUGCAGGUGGAACCAAAGAUCAAAAGGCAAGACUCGUUGAAAGUGGACGACUCAUCUUCAAAAAGCCAUCAGCCGUGGUUAGGCGGUCAAAAACCUCGAACCACUCAAGCGGGCGGCGCCGUCACGUCGCCGUCGAGCACCGGCAGCAGUCGUCUCAGCAACAAGUAUCAGCAGCAAGCGCGCAAUUACUUUGUCUUGCCGGCCAAGUAUUCGGCGGAGCCGAGCGAGGCGCCGCCGCCACUUGCGCCCAGAAAGAGAAUCUCGCCGCCGCCGAGGCCCGCGCCGCCUGUUCACGCUGCCCAUGGGAGCCAAUCAAAGGCCUCGUACUUGGCGUAUCGUCGGGAGCGUGGAGCACCGGACAGCGAAGGCAGCUACAAGCGCACAAUGUCGCCGAAUGCACGUCUCGACGAUCCGGUGCUCCUCAAAGUCACGCAACACAAUCCGCCGCCACUCAUCAUCAACAAUAACCACAAUAACAACAGUCAGUCGAGGUAUCAUCAUCGCCACGAGCUGUCCAAAUCGCAAAGUUCCGAUGCGUUGAGCAAUGUGAAUGGACAUCGAAUCGACGAUCAUUUCUCGAGGAAAUCGCUGCAUAACGUCAGCAAUACGGAGGCCAUCGGUGAGAAACGAGCCGGCGAGAGGCUGUCGCCGCAGAGCGUGGAAGUGCUGAACGAUCGUAACAGACAACUCGAGAGGGAACGACGGAAAUUAGCCGCCAGCUGCGAGCCACCUGCCCAGACGAAGUUCGUCGAGGAAUUUUAUCGCGAGAGCGGUGUCACGACGAUCGAGAUGACCUCGCAGAAUGUCGAAUUGCUGAAUAGGAGGAAUGUCGCUGAGAAACAGAGGAUCGUCGCGGAGGCUCGAAGUCCAAGCUCGAUCUCGCCAAAGUUUAGAGAAUCGACGCCGUCGCCAAGCACGCCAGCCACAGGAACAGCGGCGACGUCACCGUCACCGUCGGAACGCAAAAUCUCGAGUCCAGCGCAAACCGAACAAACCGGCUCGAAUUGGGAUCGCAAAAGUACGAGCAGCAGCAGCAGCAGCAGCAGCAGUAUUAGCUCGUCCAACCCGUCAUCCCCGAUACGAACUUCGCCACCGUCGAGAACGUCGCCGACGAUCGAAGGACUGACCUUUAUACAACGUACCGAAAUUAUGCUCAGGGUCAAUGCCACGACGAACGACGUUGCCUCGCAGACCGAGGAGUUGGAAGAGAAGAAGGGCGCGGAACUCGAGAGUCUGGCCAAGCCCAGGAAGAAGCUUCAGGAGGAGAUCGAGUGCGAGGAACUCAGUCGGGAUCUGGCGAAUCAGCUGGGUCCCAACGACAAACUCUUGCCCAUCUUAGUUCCAGUGCCGGAGCACAAAAAGUCAACGGACUACGUGGUCGAUUUGUUCAGGGUUGAGGCGGCGCUGCAAGCACGGCCAAGACCACGGCUGUCCAUCGAGGAUCCGACGACGCUGCUGGUGGACGCCUCGGAGAACGAGUCCGAGUACGACAAGAAGAUCGACUCGAUACCGUCGUCGCCAGUGACACCGUCAACGCCAUCGGCAACGGACUCGACGACGAGCAACGGUCCGCUUUCGGCGAGUUCCGUUUACUUCACCACGUCCGAGAGCAAGGCGCGCUUCCUCACCAGAUACUCGCAGGAUGUCACGCCACCAGUCGUCGACGCCACCACGCCCGACAGCCUCGACCUUCGCCAGAAGAAGGAGGAGCUGAUGGUGCGACUGGACAAGAAGCUCGUGGUGCUGCGCGCCGAGCAAGAGGCAGUCCGCGAGGAAGGCGACGUGAACGAGGCGCUCGGGGCGCGAGUGGCCGCGCGAGUCGCCGCCGUCGCUCGGCCCGCCGAAGCCUCCAAGUAUCGGCUGCACGUCGAGGAAGUCGGCAAGAUCACGAGCCUGCUGCUCGGGCUCAGCGGUCGACUUGCCAGGGCUGAAAAUGCCCUCUACGGCAUGCCCGCCGAUCACCCCGAACGGAAAAUUCUCGAAUCCAAGCGCGACAAGCUGAUCGAGCAGCUGGAGGAGGCCAAGAACCUCAAGGGUAACAUCGACCGACGCAGCGUGAGCGUGUCGGGGAUACUUGCCAAGUACCUGAGCGACGAGGAAUACGCGGAUUACCAGCAUUUCAUCAAUAUGAAGGCGAAACUCAUAGUGGACGGUCGGGAGAUCCAGGACAAGGUGAAGCUCGGCGAAGAGCAACUGGCUGCGCUCAAAGAGGCCAUCGACCUGUAGCCAACUUCUGUCUUCACCUUUUACUAUCGCUAGUCCUUUUUUUGUAUACACUUUGUAAAUAACUUUUGAGGCAGGACUCGUUGUGGUCCAUCCACCCUCAAACGAGAGUAAGAGAGAGGGCAACUUUUGAUUAAUUUAUUGAGUUAACGCAAUCGUUUCUUUCGCUCUUCUAUGUUUGUGUAUCGGCAGUGCAAUAGUUGUAUGCGCGACGGCACUUGUGAUACGGCGACGCUUGUAAAUAGGGACAAUCCAUUUAUGUUUUUAGAUUAUGCAGCUGCACUGCCAAGCGGCAGAUUGCGUAAACUUUCUUUUUUUUUUCUCUUUCAUCCCUAAUUCAUUUUUUUUAACCCGGAUAUCCUAGGGAUUCCGUAGACGCUUGUGAUCUUAUUUACUCUGUGAAUGUAUUAUAUAAAGCUAUAUAUAAAUAGUUAGGAAGACGUGCAUGGAAUCAUCGAGACAAUUUCCUUUUUUUUUCCUGGAAGUGCGGCGAGGGAAAGCUAAUUUUAUGCCAUGGUUUCGAUUAUUAUUAUUAUUAUUAUUAUUAUUAUUAUUAUUAUUAUUAUUAUUAUUAUUAUUAUUAUUAUUUGUUUUAAACUCUCUUUGGUUCGGGCGAUUGUUUGCGAAAGCGUUCGCCAAGGAUCGAAGACGAGAUUUACUUUUUCUCUUCCUUUUACGUUUCGUGCCAAACGGUUCUCCGGACUUUUGCAGAUUUGGUAAUGCGAUAUUUACCAACGUCAUCAAAAGAUUCGUGAUGGAUCGCGUGAUGGACCGAACGACGAAAUAGAUAAUUGGACGUUUUCCGCUGAUAUUUUUCUUUUAUUCGAGAUAAUUUACCGAACGAGAGUGUACUUAAGUUUCGCGAAUCGCGGAAGAAAAAGCAUUAGAAAACGAAGAGUACUUUUUGGUUCGUGCGACGCAAGCACUUUCGAAGACUGAACUGUACGGCGCCAGGCAUACCAUUUUCGCGGUUAUAAAUAGUCAAUAUUCUGUUCCUCGAUUUUCCUCUUUUUGACGCCUGCCAAGCAGGAUGGCGAAUAGCGUUCUCAUACUUUCAUUUUUUCCUCUCCUUCUCUUUUCUCUUCUUGUCGAAACUUCUUGAUCUUCCAUGCGUUUAACGUUGUAGCUCGCAAAACUAAGUUGUGUCUUAAAUGCAAAAAAGUGAACGAGAGUUAUUGUAAAUAAAUUAGCGAAACAAUGGUGCUCCGGAAAGUAGAAUGUUUAUCUUUUCCAUUUUUCGUCUAUGCUUCGCAAUGAAACAUCGCGAGAUGGAAUUCGAAUGGAAAGAAUGAGAUAUUAUACGAGAGCGCGAGUAUAAGAGAGAGUAGAAGAAUGAAAAAAACUUUUUUUUCAACACUAAAAAAAUGAUGUUAGUUCGUUAAUGUAAUCGUUAAUAUUUAAUUGUAACCCACAGACACACAAACACGACAAGCAAACAGACACACCCACUGUAAAUAUGCGCGACUUUAUAAUGCAAUCAAAUAGCGUUUUAUAUACUUGUGCCUUGUGUGAGCGACGGCUUAGUUUGCCAACUGUGUCCUCAGCGAUGUACUACAUUUUCAUUACAAUAGCUACUUUCUGUUGAAACUGCUUGCAAUAAAAAGUAACAGAUCGUAAAUCAAUACAAAUUUGUUAAUCCCGACUUGUAAUGUUAAUAUAGUGCAGAUUUUUGCAAAAAAACAAAUCCAAUUUUUAAUAAUAAACAGUUGCUUUGCAUAAAAUUAUGAGAUUAUUUUAUUACUGAACCUUUUGUCAAAUGAUGACCUGCUGAAGAUCAGGAGAAAGUUUCUUUGAAUAGCAGAAUAUAUAUUAUGAGUCGUUGACCAGAAAGUGCAGGAAUCUGUUUUGCUGAUAGAUGGUACGACUAGUUUUACUUGUCGCGAUAUAUAUUCAGCUCUUGAAGUUCAAGUGUAGACCUACAGAUGUUAGUUUAUAAUAAAAAAAUUUAAUUUAAACUUUUUUACUUAAUUGACGCGUGUAGUUUAAAGAUUGCCUAUAUUGCAGUUUCAUAAACAGAAGCAGUUUAUCAAUUUUUCCGGUGUUCUAUACGCAUAUAAAAUUCAUAUACUACAAACACGUAAAAAUUAUUUCGUAUAUAAUUUGAUAACUAUAUUUUUUCAAUAAUAAACGUGAAAUUUAUAUACAUGUAUAUAAUUAUCAACAUAAAUAGUCAAUGUGUUCAAAAUGAAGCUGGAAAUCCAUUUGCUGAAAAUAAAUUUAACGUGAAAUAAGUUCAAUACUUUGUGCAGUGUGGAAUAUGUAUAAAAAAAUUGAUAAAUUUAUAGAGUAAACCAACGUAAGAUAAAAAUAAAAUUUCACCUUUAUUUGCAUUUUAUUAAUUUCUCGCAGAACAAAAGGAACCUCAAAUUAAAUAAAUAAAUACACUUUACAAGAUAUGUUAUUCAAACAAACUAAUAGGUGAAGAAUUUCGUUUUUAUUGUGAAAAAUAAACAAUGAAACGUUAAUCAAUUUCUCGAUUCACACAAAUCGUUAAUUUGCCAAUAAUGGUGAUGU